AUGCGUCGUGAUGUUCACAAAUUUUCUCCAAAGUCGCUCAUCAAAAAGUCUUUUCGACUUUUCCGUUAUAAGAAGGAUGACGAGUUUUUCAUUAAGGAGCAAGUUUCCACUAUUCGUUCAACCUUAAAAAAGAAGAAAAGCGUUUAUACACAGGAGAUUGGGACUCUAAGUAAUAUCAUAAGAAGCAGCCUGAACUUUCGAAAUGAGAACAACUCUCAACUCCUGAAUUGGAUUGCGGAUAUUUUAAAGGAUAUACACAUCAGUGAGCCAUCGUACGUGAGCCCCGAUAUCCCUGCAACGCGAUCUUGUGCAUACCUUUCUGCAUCUUCUUGUGUGGAUAAUAUCGAUGGUCAGAUCCGUGAUGAUCGUUCAAUAAAAACGGAUAUGGAGAAUAUGCACAACCAUCUUGAAUUUACAACGGCCAUGGAAAUAUAUGAGUCUGCUUCGUAUGCUCCUGAUACGAAUAGCCCUACUCGAGACCUUACCGGAUUUUAUAAAGUUGAAAUUGAUUCUGAAAGUGAUCACAGUUUUGAUAGCUCGUCGAUUCGGAAUGUUUUGUCAUUAGAAAGUUUGGACAGAUCUUUCGCAGAUUGUAAAACCGAAAGAAAAAUGCAAUCAGAAGAAAUGCCGGCACACUACAAACUUUAUGGUGAGCAAAACAAACCUAGCCAGGAACAAAACGAUAAUUCAACAUAUGGCCUAUCUUCAACCAUUAACGAUGAACCAAUUUCUAAGAAGCGUUCAUCAUACAAAGGUCAUGAAUUGAAUUCUAGCUUUUGGUUGGAACAAUCGCCGGACUACCAACUUUAUGGAUUCCCAAAGGAUAGAAAUUCUCUGUACGAUGUCGACAUUAGUGAUGUAUGUUAUGACACUGAGUUUCUUAUCAAUUUUUAUAAAGAUCGCAAGAAACAGCAAUCGGUUCCCAGAAGUGAUUCAGUUUCUAGAUACCAGCCCGAUUUAUCAUCGGCUCAAAUUUCAAACGAAUCUUGCGACAUCAAGGAAGAUUUCAAAGAAGAUUUCAUGAUCAAUAAAUGGAAUAGUUCAUAUGCAGAGACUAGCGUGAAAGUCGGUUCGAAAGAAACUAGGAAAAACUGUGAUGUCUCGGAAAAUGUAUCGCACAUUAAGAAGAGAAACAACGAUUUUCAAGGUGAUAGUAAUUCGUCCGUUAAUGUGACCGAUAGCACAUAUGACGAAACAACUUUUAUGGAAAUCGAAGAAAUAUCGGAUUUCUCGUUGCAUAGCAAGACAGUUGGAUUGGAUUACUCUGAUGAUGAUCGUAGUGUAAUCAUGGAUCUAGAUAUUACACCGCCUAGUUAUCAGGCUUCCGGAUUUGUUCAGAAUGUCAGCGGCAAACUUUCUGCAAAUCGAAAGUCGAAUUCCCAUAAAAACCAAUUGAAAAACUCUCAUGUUAAUACUAACAUUGAUGAAUAUUCAUCUAAUAAUGAAAAAUUUGUUCAAUCGACAGAACAUUCUGUUCGUGGAUUUUUUAAGAAUAAAUGGUUGAGAAAUCGUAAUGGUGAAGAAAAUCUGCGCGAAAUGCAGUUCGAGCAAGUAUCUUCGGCUAACGACCAAGAUUCUAAGACUUCUCUAAACAAUGCGAACAAAAAUCCAAAUGAUCUGGUUAUCAACAAAGGCUGCUGGUACAUAGAUAAAUCUGGGCAGCCUUAUCAAGAGCCUGAGCAGAAGGUGAAGAAAGAAUGCGGAGCUCCAGCGACAAGCUUUUCAAAUACAACCACUGUUGAGCCAAAGAAAAAUCGCAAAAACAAUGAGCAUAAAACGGAGCAAACAAUAGCUAAACCGACGUUGUUUUACUUUCAGCGAAUUCCAAGAAGUGAUAACUCAAAUCAACCGUUCAAGUAUAGACGUUCAGAAGAUCACGAGCACCAAUCGAAUGAAAGAAACACGAAAGAACUUAUAGUUGGCCAAAACCAGAAACAGAUUAAUCAUGGAUUCGCUCCCACGAAAGUUGCGCAUUUCCCCAACCAAAUGCAUCACUAA